CAGCAUCCCGAUGAAAUGCUAGUAGCCUUGUGGGGGCAGACUAUGAAUUGGGAAGUUGUUGCUGCCUCAUGGAACAAAAAACUUGCUAUCCACCUCAUAGCAACUGAACAAGACUUAGUGUAUAUUAUCAUGAUAUUAAUAUGAUCAAAUAUAUUCCAUGCUUUUUGAUUGGCUAAGAUCCAACAACCUACACCUUCAAAACCCAAUGGUUAUCAGUCCACUCCGUUCCCCACAAGCCUUUGGCAGAUUACACCAUUAAAUUGCAAUGGCAACACCUAAUGGAUGAACCGCCGCAGUGGUCUAGAGGUAGAGCGUUUGCCCUGCAUGCGGAAGGUUUGAGUUCAAUUCCUGGCUGCGACAGACCUAAGUCGUUAAAACAGGUAGUGACAGUUCCAUCGCCAAACGCUCAGCAUCAGGUGUGAAUGUCAUGGAUCCUCGGAGAUUACCUUUAAAACGGAAGUCCUGUGUCGCAAUGGCUUCAGAAUCUGUUGUUCAGACAGAAUUUGUAUUUACUGGGUAUGGGAAGAACUACGUAAAACUUUUGUACUUGAGGAGAGAUGGAGACAUUCAUUUUGUGAAAGAGCUGGAGGUCAGCACAGAGCUGACCUUGAACAAUGUAAAGGACUACACUCAUGGGGACAACAGUGACAUCAUAGCGACGGAUUCCCAGAAAAACACAGUCUAUGUACUUGCCAGACAGCAUGGAGUUCAAAGUGCAGAGAGAUUUGCUUUGUUGCUGUGUGACCAUUUUCUCAGGAAGUAUCGUCAUGUUAUGAAGGUGAGGGUUCAUAUCGAAGAAGCACCAUGGAAACGCAUGGAAAUAGGAGGCCAGCAGCAUGUGCACGCUUUUCUCUUCAGUCAUGAAGCCAAGCAUGUUUGUGAAGUAAAUCAGGUUAGAGAUGAAAAGCCCCUGAUAUGGACAGCAUUAAGUGAGAUGAGAGUUAUGAAGACUACUCAGUCAGCUUUCAAAAACUUUGUCUCUGAUGAAUUCAGAACCCUCCCUGAUGCUGACGACCGCUUAUUCUGUACAGUCGUCCAGUGUAAAUGGUGGUACAACACAUCAGCUGUCAACUUUGAAAGAGCAUGGGAAGGCGUGAAGAGCACCAUUUUGGAAACAUUUGCCGGACCUCCUGACAGGGGAGAGUACUCUCCCUCAGUACAGAACACCCUGUACCUCACGGCCCAGAACAUUCUGGAAAAAAUGCCAGAGGUUGAGAAGGUUUAUAUCAAUCUUCCAAAUGUACACUACUUCGGAAUUGACUUCAACCGGUUUCCGAAGAUUGACUUCAGAAAAAAUGAUGACAAUGUCUACAUGCCCACAGAUAAACCUUCAGGAAACAUCAAUGCAACAAUAGCCAGAAAAACCAAAUCGAGGCUCUGAUUGUCAAGGAGAUGAUGACAAGUGUUGCAUGGUAGUUCAGCCUGUAUCAGAGAAAUAUAUAGCAAUCAGCCAGUUCUGUACAUUGGUUUCUUAAACAUAUUUGUAAACAGUAUUAAUUGAUCCAGCUUUAAUUAGGUUACGGUGUGUUUACAAACAAAUUGUAUGUAUAAUCAUCCUAUUUUAGCAGCUAUGUGCUCUCUAGAGUAUAGAUAUAUUUUUGUACUGUACAUGUAUACUUUUUUAUAGGCUCAAACAUUUUGUAAUAAAUUCUGUGGUGAUUGAAAAGUUUGAAAUUGUCUAUAACAAUGAAACAGUGAUACAGAUACUUUUAGAAUAAUAUAAACUUUGAUAUACUUUUUACAUAUAAGGCGUUUUCCAUGUGUUGUAAAAUGUGAUUUACUGUCUCGGGUUUGUGAUAUUACAUUGCAAGCACCAUUGGAAAUUUAUAGUUACAUUUAUGAGAAGCUGUAGUAUUACUUCUUACUUAGUAUUACUUAUGCAGGAACUCCAUUGAAUAUUUUUCCUUUUAUUGAUAUUUCUUUGUUUUUUAGAUAAUUGUGACAAGUGAAACUGAUUGAUAUAAAAUUAUAGUUUACCUUUACUUGUAUCAUUGUGAAUACUGAAUAUUGAAUUCAUUACUUUGUAUACAAAAUUCUUUACACAAAAUGUAUUUCACUUCUUGACACUGUUCAAAGCUCUCGCAAACCAAAAAACAUAUGUAGUAUUUGUUAAUUGCAGGCUCUUUAUUUUUAAGGCAUACAUUUAUUAACAAAGACAAGAAGACAAAAUAUCCAGUAUGAUAAAACUGUUUUACUGGGAUCGUUACUGUCGUCUGCUUCUUUUUUCACUCUAAAAAGGAACUGGUAUAUGUUUGUAAAUUGUUCAUGUUCACAAAAUUGCCAAUCCUUGCAGUUGAAUUGAGUCUUCAGCCAAGUAUAUUAGCAGUGUUUGAAAUUCACUUUAAAAUUAACUAGACAUGCAGGGCUGACUGCUUGUAAAAAUUGUAAGCCCUGCCAGAGACCUACUAGCACCGAGAAAAUAAAAGCCAUUUAUGAAAUUACUUUUAUUAAUAACUAUCUUCUAAUUAAAGCGAUUAUGACUAUAGAACCUCAGUCCUGAUCACGUAUACUUUUAUAGAGCCCUUUGGCUUGUAAUACAACUUCAUGAUCAGUAUUUUAAGUAGAUUGAUACAUUGAAAUUCUAUAUAGUGGAAAUUUUAACACAUCUGGUUGGGUGUCUCUACCAAGAAAUUUGUUCGCCCGGGUGGUCGGGCGCAGAGUUAUAUCAAACACUGAAUAGCUAUCUCUGCAUUGAUAAUGGUACCCUUCUCUAGUAUGAAAGUAACCCCUGGCAUUCUGAUGAAUGGCGUACUGGUCGACAUCUCUAAAUUUUCAUGUACCCUCAUACAGUAGUCAUUAAUAAAAUUGUGUACACUGACCUAGCUAGGUCUUGAGUUCAUGUUUUGCCGUUUUCAUUCUUUUUCUCUAGUUUCAAAUUACUGAAUGUCCUCUCAAAAUUUAGGAAUUUUGCAGGUUUUUAUUUAGAGAUCACUCUCAACAUGCUUCCUGAAAAUUAUAUUAGUAUUACAAUAAUAUGUACAGUGCUCCCUCGAUAUACAUGUAUUGCACACACACCCUUCCUCCCCCAUUAUAAUGCCACCCCCGCUUAUUGCCUAAAAAUCUUAAAGAACAGAUCCCCCCCCCCCCCCCCCCAUGUAACACCCCUGUUAUAAUGCCAACCCUGCAUAAUGCCAUAUGCCACUGAUUUUCGAAAACAAAUGGUCUUUAAUAGUGUUUACCCUUCAUAAUAAUACCAAUUACCUAACACUCAUCCAUAAUCACACCUGUACUUUGAGAGCAGUGCAGUGAAGUGUGACAGGCUGGUCAGGUACUUAGGUGGUCAGGUUAAUUACUAAUAAUUGCUGAGUUAAACUGAAGAUAAGCUAAAUGUUUAUACAGAAUGGAACCCAAAUAAAUUUAUGGAAUUCAAUUUCUUUUGACUGCUCAGUGAAUUGUCCAUAAUGGUGAAUUCGUUAUAUUGCCACCCCUGCUUUAUUGCCCAAAUUCAUCUUAAACAAAAGUUGGCAACAUAUCGAGGGAGCACUAUACAAGUAUUAUGUCAAUUGUUCAAGCUAACACACAACCUUUAAAGAUUUAAGAUCUGUGAAUGCAUUAUGUGUUGUACAUGCAAUUGUAGUAUUGAAUGCACAUUGAAUAAAUGCUGAUGAAUAAUGUAUAUUAUGUGGAAUGCAACUUUUAUAUUUGGCAUUCCUGUUAGUCUUACAUAUUCCAAGUUUUUGCCAAAUCACUUGCAUAAUCCAACAUCUUAUAUGGAAUAGAUACUACAAAUGUGCUUUUGAUACUGAUUGCACUUCUCAAAUUAAUAGUGUUUUGCAUAUAAAUUCUGUAUUCAGAGACAAUAUAGCAGGAACUGGAAUAUGAUUUCUUUCUAAAAUUACAAGGGCAUUUUGUGUGGAUUUCUGUUGUUGUCUCCCUUAUUAUGUGAUUAGUUGUGAGAAUAAAACAUAUGCUAAGUGUU